AUGUUGGCCGCUGCGACCUCCUUCUUCGGUCGGACGAACAUUUCCGCGUCCUAUAAUAUCGGGGGGCCAUCCAUCAACGUCUCUUCCAGAUCCUCUACUCCUGGUCCAUCAAGUUCGGGCACGGGAUCUGUAACGACUACACCACUGCCUGUGGUCACAAAUGCACCUACGUUUAAUGUCGGGCCGUGGAAGGUGCAGGCGGCUGCGCACAAGACAACGAACAAGCGCGUGUCCGUAUGGUCGUUCGACAAGCGGAGCCAGGAGAUGGAGAAGCUGAGCCCGUCUGCUAAGGAUCGUGUUCUGGAGGUGCUGAAGACCGAGGCGCAAGCACUUGGGAGGAUGCGGCAUCCUUGUGUGCUAGAGAUGGUCGAGCCGCUCGAAGAAACUCGUAAUGAGCUCGUUUUCGCGACGGAACCCGUGAUAUCAUCCCUUCAUCUAUCUAUACCCGGAGCGUAUCGCUCGUCUCUCGUGGAUCUUGACGAAAUCCAGAAAGGCAUCUUGCAACUCUGCAAGGGCCUAUCCUUCCUGCAUACCUCGGCGCGGCUCAUACAUUCCAACAUUUCCCCAGAGAGCAUACUCAUCAAUAAUUCUGGCGAUUGGAAAAUUGGCGGAUUGGGCUUGACGAUACCGCUGACGAGUCCGGAUGGCAACGCGACAAGAUGGGAGUUUCCCACCUUCGACGGUCGAGUACCGUCCUAUAUCCAACGCUCAUUCGAUUAUAUGGCUCCAGAAUACGCGUUGGACGAAGUCCUCUCUACCGAUUCCGACAUGUACUCCCUCGGCUGCCUCAUCUUUGCCGUACACUCCAAGGGCUCUCCGCCAUACAAGACGCACGGAAGCCUCAGCGGCCUACGCGACACCGCGGGCUCCUCUAGACCCAUACCCGGUAUCGAAAGGCUCGAUCCCGAUCUCCAAGGAUUGCUCGCCUCCCUCAUCACCCGCCGUCCACCCCGCCCCUCGCCAUCGAGUCUCCCCUCGCAUUCGUUCUUCUCCUCCCUCCCCAUCUCCACCCUCAAUUUCCUCGACCGGUCCAACUUUGCCACCAAGUCACGCGAAGAGAAGGUCUCGUUCAUGAAGGGCUUAACUAGCGUGCUCGACAAGUUUUCCGAAGGCUUGCGUGUCCGCAAGAUACUGCCCUCUUUGGUCGAAGAGAUGAAAGACACCCAUCUCCUUCCGUAUAUCCUCCCGAACGUGUUUGCGAUCUCGUCAGACCUGACUCCGACGCAAUUUGCGACCACCGUGCUUCCCAGUCUGAAGCCGCUCUUCGCAAUCAAGGAGCCGCCACAGAACAUGCUCACGCUUCUGGACAAUCUUUCUCUGCUUCAGGCGAAGACCGACAAGGCUGCCUUCCGCGAACAUGUACUCCCUCUGGUGUACAAUGCUCUCGAAUCCGAGCACGCCAUCGUGCAAGAACGAGCGCUCAAGGUGGUCCCGGACCUAUGUGAGACGAUCGACUAUGCGGAGGUGCAAGGUGUUCUGUUCCCUCGCGUCGCACUCGUCUUCACCAAAACGCGCGUGCUCUCCGUCAAAGUGGCCACGUUAAACACUUUCCUCAGUAUGGUGAAGACCCUCGACCAGACAAGCUUGACGCAGAAACUGGUGCCUUUGUUGUCCAAGAUCAGGACCAAGGAACCGGCAGUUAUGACGGCGACACUGUCUGUUCAGGAAGCUAUGGGUCUCAAGGUCGAUCGGGAAGCCGUGGCCACCUUGGUGCUACCUCAACUGUGGGCGAUGUCUAUGGGACCUUUGCUCAGCCUGCCGCAAUUUCAGCGCUUCAUGGCCGUCAUCCGUAAACUCGGUGACCGCGUGGAGAAGGAGCAUAUCCAGUUCCUGCGAGACUCGCAACGCACUGAGGAUCAUUCCACCGCGAGCACGUCCUCGAACGGCACCCCCGUGAAUGGACAUGCGGGGGCGCUCGAUUUUGCAAGUCUCGUUAGCAGCGCCGGCAACACGCCGAUCAAGGCCGAUGGCUUGGUGUCAUCUCCAGGGCCGUCGUCGAACGCGCCGAGUUGGGAGGACGACGUUUGGGGCAGUAUAUUCUCCAGCGGCGCUGAUACUCCCCAGGUCCAGGGUUCCGCCAUUCUGCCACCCAUGCAAACACAAUCCACUCCUUCGUCACCGGGACCAUCGGGAUCCGGCGCUUCUCUCGGAGCGCGUUCCAUACCCGCUCGACCACAUGGAAAGCUAGGAGCCCGGCCGAUCUCCUCUACUUCGCUAUCCUCCAGCUCGAUAACUUCACCUUCUGUGCACGCAGUCUCGAGUCCUCCCAUCCCCAGGAUCCAACCACUUCAACCGACGAAUACCGGCGGGUUCAGCCAGCCACUAGCGCCGUCAAAGCCAAAUUAUAAUGUAACCUUGGCGACGACUCCAAACUUCUCCGUGGCGCCUGCACCUGCACCCACCCCACCCUCCAUGCCUGGACCCAACUACAACAUCGCGUUGCAACCCUCACAACCAACCGGGGGUAUGAUGUCAAUGGGAGCACUACCUAUGGUAGCUUCACCACCCCCGAUGUCGUCGCCGCCUCUGGUCGCAUCACCACCUCCCAUGAACAUGAACAGCUUAUUGACGCCUUCUAAGCCUGCCUCCUGGGGCUCCGGCUCUGUCAAAAAGCCGAGUGCAGACGACUGGGGUGACUUCGAUCCACUGAAGUGA